AUGUACGAGAAGCAAAACGAGAAGUACCAGUCGGACUAUCCGAACUCCCACUACCUCUCCAACCUCAACAACCUCAAUAAAACCAACCAAAGCAUCAGCUUGAACCGAUUACCGACCUUAGGUGAGAUUCUCGCUAAUAAGACAAAAUCUCCCGUGGAUCUCUUCACUUUCUACCUGUUUAUGAGAGAUGUGGAAAACAAGGUGGAUUAUGUCGAUUUCUGGUUUGAUUUGAUUAACCACUUGAAUUUAUGUAAACACUACAUCAAAGGAUUGAGGGAAUCAAUCAUAAGGCAGUCUACUUACUCUGACCACACUGGUGCUCCCACUUCCCAUAGACAAUCUAACUACCGUGAUUCUCAACCAAUCCUGGAUAAAUCCAAGCAUAAAUCUUUGAGUUCCUCAAUCUUGUUGGAUUUGAUCAUCAAUGACAAUAUUUUGGAAGACAAUGAUUCGAAUCGUCUUUCUCAAUUCUUGAGGGGUGAUUUGAACAUAGAGAACUUGGACCCCAAGCUUAAGGACUUGAUUGAGCACUACCACAACGAGGAAAAUGAGAAAUCCCCAGUGUUGAAUGCCAACAACAGCCCAAGUCUCAAGUACUCUCCUAAUUUAAACAGACAUUCACCAAAAAUCCCUUCAGCUGAAAAGAGAAUAUCUUCAAAUUCAAGGUUGUUGGAUGACGAAGAUGUCAACAGCUCGAAUUCCUUCAUUGACAACCAGCUUGACAUAGGAGAAGCUGAUAGGGCAAUGAGUCCAAAAAACUACGUUUCUUUGCAAAAUCAAACUCCAGAAUCUGUGAUCAGUCCAUCUUUAUUGGAAAAGUUGAUAAAGGACUCUCCUGGUUCUGUGAGCAACUCUUUCAUCACCAGAGAUAAUUUGAAGGAGUCAACGCAUAACCUUCUAUUAAAAUACUUCGUGGAAGAUUCUGAAAAGAACUUGAAUUUACCUCAUGAUAUGAACUCGUUCAUUAUUAAAGCCAUCGAAAACGAUGGAAGAGACGAUCCAGACGUGUUCAAUCAUGUCAAGUCAUACGUAUUCAACAAGAUUGAAAACGAUCAUUUGCCCAAGUUUCUUAACUUCAUGGCAAUCAGAAAUAUCAACCAUUCAAACUUGUUGAGAAUUAUCAUUGGAUUCUUCUUUUUGUUUGUGGGUUUCUGGAUCAGUUUCAUCUUUGUCUUCUUAGACUACAGGAAAGGAUUGAGACCCGUGAUCAUAGUGCCCUACCUAAUUGCAUUCUACUGUCUAGUAUCAUCUAUCUAUUUGAUAGAUCCAGUAUUAGUAUGGCUUGGCUAUUCUGAAUCAUUUUCCAAGGGCAGCAGAUCGAGUUCGUUGAUAAAAGUUAGAGAGACCUUUAUACGCAAGCUCUUAUUGAAGAGAAGUUUGUGGGUGUUGUUCUUGAUUUUAUUGUGCACAGCUGUGCUAACAAUUUUAUUCAGCUUAGUGCCAGGACAUCGCUUGUGA